CUCAGCGUCUUUCAUCUUCUCGCCAAGUCAUCGAGAAGCGCACUGCCUACGGCGUCAUCUCUCUGCAUUGCGCUGUCUUUGGCUGAGCUAACCUGGCCAUCUUCGACGUUCUAGCCCAGGAAAGAUGCCUCUAAAUUUCUCAUGAACCGUUCAAAAUCCAAAGACAUAAAGAGCCGGACUUGACAGGAAAGCCCGUGCCGCUGCAAAGCAUUGGCGUAUUACACAACGUGAGACUUGCGCUAAAAGACUUCCAAUAAUCAUGGAUCUCGCGAACACCCUUAUUCGGAGCGUCGUCCGAGCCUUUCAUGAAACCCGCCACAUCCUGGUCGUGGACGCACUCUUUAUCCAUUCAGUCCUCCAUGCGGAAGAUUUGGCGUUUCUACUGGGCAUGCAACAGAAGGAUCUACGGAAACUUUGCGGAAAACUGCGCGAGGAACGCCUUAUCGCAGUACAUCAACGCGCUGAGCUUCGAGAUGGGUCCACCCGGCCGGUCAACCGCGAAUACUACUACAUUCCCUUGCAUCCCGUCAUUGAUGCGAUCAAGUACAAGGUCUCCAAAUUGACUUCGACAAUCAAAGCACAGUAUACACCGAGCGAGGAGCGCAAGGAAUAUAUCUGUCUACGAUGUGGAUCGGAAUGGACAGAACUGGAUGUGCUCAGCUUGUUCUCGGAUGAAGGAUUCGAAUGUCAGAACUGCGGCGCUAUUCUGGAGAGAACGGAGGAUGUAAAAGGGACAGAAGGCAUCGAUCGCACCGGUCACGAAAAGAACAGCAAGCUCAUGAACCAACUGGACAAGAUGCUUAAGCUUCUCAAGCAGAUCGACUCCGUCGAGAUACCACCCAAUGACUUCGACACUGCCUGGGAUCACAAGGUCGAUGUCAUCCGCAACCAACAAACACAUCCGACCAGGACCGCCGUUGCAGCGCCACAGAAACAUCCAGAGCUCGUCCGCGGCAACACAAAGACCGACGCUACCGCCCUCGAAAUCUCCCUCACAUCCACAGAGGAGAAGAGUGCCGCCGAACAGGCUGACGAAGUCGCCCGCAAGGCAGCUCUGGAGAAACAAAACGCACUCCCCAUCUGGCACACGCACUCGACGGUCACCGCAGGGGCGGGCAACCUCCCCCUCAAGACGGAGAUGGGCAGGAUGAUCAAAUCCGAGAUCAAAGCAGAGGAUGAAGAUCUGAAGCCAAAUAUUGACGCCCUCGACGACAAAGUCGCGGCCUACUAUGCCGAGAUGGCUCGCGAGCAAGCUCUGCAGGCACAGGCAGAUGCCAGUAGCGCCGAGGACGACUCGGACGACUUCGACGAUGACGAGGACGAGUUCGAAGACGUCGGCGGUGUAUCUGCCAGCGGCUCUGCCACACCCUCAGCCGUCAUGGGAGGAGGAGGAGGCGGCGGUCCCACAAGCGCCCCGGCCGGUGGGAUUCCAUCAUCAUCCAUGACCGGAAUCAAGCGUGAGCUCGAUACCGAGUCCGGUAGCAGUAGUCUCCCCCGGACAGCAACGAAUACGCCCUCGACCACUACCGAGGAUGGCCCGGCGUUGAAGAAGAUCAAAACCGAGCCCGGAUUCGAACCGGCAGAGGUCAAGGUCAAGAAGGAGGAAUCCUCGGACGAAGAUGACGAAGAGUUCGAAGAUGUAUGAUGAUCUACCCCCAACACAUCUACCAUCUACCUACUACCCUUGUAAAACACAAAUGUAUCAUGUCAUUAUACCACACGUUUUCAGUUAUUAGCGCUGGCGCUUUAGUCUACGGCAACAGGAAAAGGGGAGGGAAUCAUGGAUAACCAUAAGAUUAAAUGAGAGUUCUUGCUAUAUU